GUUCUUGAACUGCUCAAGUCUUCUGCUAUUGACCGAUACACAAAGGAAAGAAGUAGUAUUGUGGUGAUUGGGCUUAGUAUUCACACAGCUCCUGUUGAGAUGCGUGAGAAGCUUGCUAUUCCUGAAGCUGAAUGGCCACGAGCUAUCGCUGAGUUAUGCGGUUUGAAUCAUAUCGAAGAAGCUGCUGUUCUCAGUACUUGCAACCGCAUAGAGAUUUAUGUCUUGGCUCUCUCUCAGCAGCGUGGUGUCAAAGAAGUUACUGAGUGGAUGUCUAAGACGAGUGGGAUCCCAGUUUCGGAGAUCUGUCAGCACCGUUUUCUAUUGUAUAACAAGGACGUCACACAACAUAUAUUCGAAGUCUCAGCUGGUUUGGACUCUCUUGUACUAGGAGAAGGUCUGAGACUUGCACAGGUUAACCAAGUUGUUAAAAUAGGUUGCUCUUGCACAAAUGGAAUACCAAUUACCACGAUUAACUAGAAUGUGGACUCACCUUGAUAAACGUAUCUUGCGUACUCAAGUAAGUAAAAUAUAUACUUCUGCAGUUCUAAGUCUCUUUUGCCUCUGCUCCUUGUGUCAUUUGUCAAAAAUGGUGUGUGGCAUGGUUUGUGAUGAGUUGA